UUCUGCGCUUCCUUCCCUCGCACACCACCGCUCCCAAAUUUCGCCCGACUCGGUUUCGAAGCGGUUUUGCUAGGGUUUCCUCGGGCCGCGUACGAUGCCGAAGCGGGCUGCGCGGGACCGCCGCGCCGGCGGCGAGGAGGAGGAGCCGGAGCCGGAGGAGACGGUGACGCCGGCGUCGGCGGCCGCGGAGGGGGCGCCGCAGGCGCUCGAGGACCGCAGGCUGCUGCGGUCGCGCUACCUCGCCGUCAAGAGCCAGAUCAACGAUGACAAGGACGAAAUGGCGCGCGCGGAUUCGGCCAAGUUCAGCGCCAUCUUCACGGAGGUCGAGACCCUGCACAAGCUUGUUCAGAAGCCCAGGGAGCAGAUAGCCGACGCGGAGGCAUUGCUGGACAUCGCGACCAGUCUGGGGGCAUCAGUAAGGUCGCAGUCAGCGCUAGGGAUCACACCCUCUGAUCUCGUUGCUGGACUGCUCAAGAAGUUUGGGACGCGGGCAGAUGCCAAUGGCGAGGGUGCCUCGCUGAGAUGGGGCCGUGUUGGGCUUGCUGCAUCCCACGUUUUCAUGGCUGUGCCUGGAUGCUGCACCAUGGUUGGUCCCAUGAAGGCAGAAGUGAAGGCGCGGAGGAAACGUAUCACUAGAAAGAGGACCCCAAGGCCCCGUAGAAAUGAUCGCCCUGAGCAGCUUGUUGAUCCAUCAGAGACAGGAAAAAGUGAUACAGACAGGAACAUGGCUGUUCUAUUUGAUGUUCUGAGGAAGUAUAAAAGAGCAAGACUUGAAAACCUUAUUUUAAAUAGGACCUCCUUUGCCCAAACGGUGGAGAAUAUAUUUGCUUUGUCAUUCCUAGUUAAAGAUGGCAGAGUGGAAAUCAAUGUGAAUGAUGAUGGGCAUCAUAUUGUCUGUCCAAGGAAUGCACCUGCUGCUAGUUCGAUUGCCAAAGGAAAAGUGGUAUACAAUCACUUCGUCUUCAGAUUUGAUUUCCAGGAUUGGAAGCUUAUGAAAGGGAUAGUCGCAGAGGGGGAAGAACUGAUGCAGCACAGGCCGUCUUCUCUCAGCACGUCUGGAGGAAACAACCAUCAGGAGAUGCCUGCACGCAGCACACCUCGGGGGAAUCAGUCUUCUGUGUCCCCUGCAAACAGCAUGUCCGGUGGAAGCAACGAGCCUGAGAUGCCAACACACACAACGCCGAUCAGGAAGCUCUGCAGGAACCGGGGCUUGGUCAUGCAAGCACAGCAGGAUGAGAUGGCAUCCCCGGGGACAUUGGACGUCAUGGUCAUGGAGGAUAAGCAUAUUAGUCCGCAAGACAAGUCGAGUGUUACGGGCAGACUGGAAGUCAUGGUGAUUAAGGAGGAGAUGGUCAAGGAUAGGAAAGAAGUUUUCCAGACCUAUAAGCGCAAGCGCCGCCGCCACCUCGUUCAGGACCUUUCCCAGGAGUUUAACCGAGUGGGCUGAUCGCUGCGGCCUACUGCCCAUCCUUUAGAUGCGUUUUGGGUAUAUUUUGUGUAAGUACUAAGUAGGGAAAGGGGUUACCUGGCUGACCUAGCUUUAGGAUGGGCUGAUGGGCAAGUCUGAAUGUAUGAAAGUGGAUGCUAUUAAAAUUAUCUAAGUUAGUUGAGUUAGAAAAAUGUUGAUCAGUGUCA